AUGGCCGAUGCCCCCACAGCAGCAGAACAGUUGGAGCUCAGACAGAAUGCAGAGCUACUUCGCACUGACGUCCUCCGGGAGGAAGUAGCCAUUCUGAUGGACAGCAUCCAAGUCAGUGCUUCCUCAAGUCGCAAUAGUCAGCGCUGCAUUCAGUUAGUUGCCAACGAGCUAAUAAGAGUCAUUAUGAAUAACGCAGCAUCGCCAUCAUCCGAUGGUAGUGUAUUGACCACUAAAAAAGCAGAUUUGCCAGCAAACAAGGAUUUGACAACCACCGUUGAUAUCUUCAUUCUGCGGCAGUAUCCCUUUCUUGUGCCGGCAGGAUUUAGUAUGGAUGCUCUGGAUCCUGCUAUUGGUGAGCUGCGUGUCCCCCUAGAUCCCGUCUCGGCACCUAGCGUAGUGUCACCGUGGAUUAAUGGUAUUUGCGGCAAUGUCCCCGGGUCUACGACAAUGUAUGUGGAUAUCGCGAUACCAAUAGCGUCUCCUAAUCAAGAGAUCUUCGAAGAAACCGCUCACUUUCUUGUGCAAGCUGCAUACCUGGCUGGUAUUUUGCACCACCGGCUUAUACCAUCUCUCAGGCUACUGGACUCGCAUUUGCUUACACGAAAUGUGGCGACAUACGCUAAAGGUGAUAACAUUUCUUCAGCCCUUUAUGACAGCAGAGUGGUUAACUUGGGUAUCUCAUACCAGGAGAAUAGCUUGAUGCAGCCACUAUUAGGGCUGUACCUAGAUGCAUCCGAUUAUCUCCAUGGUUUAGCAGAUGUUCAGAUGCCCAUCUCGCGGAAUAUGAUCUUCAGGCUAGUACCUCAGAUUGUUUGUGCCCAGAACGCAAUGCAAAGGUUAAAUACUUUACACAGCAAGCGCUUCGCCGCGCCGUUUGUUUAUGGAGAUCCUAGGGAGGACGUUGUUGCUCCGCCUUUUUCAUUGCUUAGCCAGACAACUCUCUCUAUUGACUAUGUUGAAGUCGUCAAUGCUGCGUGUGCACUUCUUACUACUCCAACUCUUCAGCAAGUUGCAAUGCUUUUCUACACGCUUCUUGUUUUGCACGGGGCAGCCCCGCGUGUCCACUUGAACCCUUGGACAAUUGAAAUGCUGGACUCUCAACAAAGUAUUUUCUACGAUCAGGAUACGCAUGAAUCACCGAAGUUCAAAGAGUCUUAUGGGUUUUCGGGGACAUACCCAUCUCAUGGUCUGACUCUACUUUCGGCCAUUGCCGUGGUCGCGCAUGUUCUCCAUUCUAGCGACAUACUCAUUAAUUGCACAGAUGCUGCAACUGGUUUGCGCGUGCUCCUGACGCACAUAUCUGAAUCGCAUGCUUAUCUCAUACCUUCUGAGUACGUCACUUCGAUAUCUUCUUACAUGCUGCUAUCUCAUAACGAUCGGCAAAAGCAAUCGACAGUGGAGCAAUAUACACUUGCAUCGUGGGUUUCUGCAGGGUCUCCACUCCUGCUGAUGGUCACCAAGAGCGGUUUGCUUUACAACUAUCUCCAUAAUGUAACCCUAGGGACAUGGAAACACGUCCUCAGGGUUAUUGAUGAGGCUCGAUCGCUAUUUUUAGAUUCGUCUCUUUGCAAGAGCACUUUCCAACUGUAUCCCACACUAUUUCAGACAACUAAUUUUACCAGUGCAGGCUCUAACUCUAUAUUUGGGUACCCUGGAUACGAUGUGAUCCUUUCCAUGCGUCUUAACAAGAGUAUUUUUGCAGACCCUCCACUGCUUCCCACCCUCCUUUCACACUUUAUAGAAGGCAUCAUCUUCAAAGCAUUAGGACAUUAUGCAAACAAAGUCACAGAUGUUUCCUGCGUGAUACACUGGGGCGUCCACGCCACAUGCUGCUACAAAAAUAACCUGCAUACCAUCACACCUGACAUGCUCAGAAGCUGCUUUAAUAGUACCUCCAACGCAGAACUAUCUGGGCCAUUGUAUGACGUCUCCCAGCCGCAUAUUCUCGUUCUCAUGAAACUGGCUCCCUCCACGCUUGCUCAGACGGGGACUGCGAUCCAUCGUGGGCCAUCUAUACUGUCGCAAAAGAAUGACGCGGACUUGUAUUCGCGUUUAUUCGACUUUUCAAUAGAUAAAGAAAAGAUGCUAGACAAGCGUCGAUUUGCAGAUGGAGAUAUGUGCGUCUGUACGAAGUGGGAGCGGGGCGUCUCGGUAGAAAAGCAGCUGCACAAUAUUCUAAAAGGCUUUGUUAGGCACAACUUUAGCCACCUGAUAAGAAAAAUGUACAUCCGUGACUCCUCCGGACUCGUGGAUGUAGCUUAUCCUAACAUGUCUACUACGCUUUUGUUGUCUGAAAUGCAAGUUCUCUCCAUAGCAUGUGAACACAUACAGGCCGCACUGCAGGCUGCAUCGCUUGACUGUACAGACCUUCCAGUCAACAUAGUAAGUAUAGCAAUGAGCGAUGAAUAUGGAAGGCUUUCAUCCGUGGAUUCUCCUGCCUAUAUCUUAUAUUUGGAUAAAGAUCCGUCUCAUGAUCAGAUUCCGUUCAAUAAUCGCUGUAUAACGGGAACGAUGAUUCUCCAGAAUCGCGACGCAUGGCCAAAGGACCCCGGAGCGAUUGCGUGCCUUAAGCUUCUUGUCAUGAACAUGCUAAUGACCCACAUCCAAACUAAGCGGCCUUCUCUUCAUUCCUCUGCCGUUCUUAAGGCGGCAGAUGUGGGAUACAAGACAAGCAUCGAGUCCUAUUUAGUGGAUAACGUGGCAUAUACUAGCUACAUUCCGUCUGAUUCAAAAAUGUAUUUGCGAGGGAGCUGCCUCGAUAUAUUUAUGCCCAUCCGACAUAUCGACAAGCAGAUCUACGGGAAAGAGCUGCCAGAUUUUCUUGCCGGUAGCUCCGCGGGCGGGCACAGAGGGGUUGCCUUUCGGUUUUUCAUUGCACUUCCACAAGAUCAAAGUUAUUAUUCUAGCAGCUCUCUGCGGACAUACAAGAUUAAGGAACAAUACUACAACACUAUCUACAACAUUCUUCCUGCGCAUGCGGCGGCGACUCGAGCCCUUUCGCAACAGAGUGCUGCGUAUUGUCUCUCGGUUCUUCUUGCCAAACGGUGGGUUAAUGCACACCUAGUCCCUACAUAUUCCUUGACGCACCUUUUCAUUGACUCUGCAGAAAAUCCGGUCACAAGUCGCAUUGUUACAAAUUUAUACAAGAGGCUCUGUGAAGAAAAGAUUACUAAAGAAGAGUUUCUUGAAAUGAUACAAGCAGAUGACCAAGAGAUUUCUGAUUCAGAAGACGAUGACGCCCCUCCACGGUUAGUUAAAUCCGCGUUCACCUUGGCGCGGGAAGAAGUAUCUCAGAGUCACACGCUGGUACCUCCUAGCGCUCGUGCUUAUAUGGGAUUUAUGUCUGAAGAGGCCAUAGAGCUGAUUGUUGCAUUCAUUUUUACACAGCAUACGAGAGACGGCAAGACAUUUAUAGCAAGCCCCCUUGUCGGCUUUAGACUCUUUCUCGCUUUCCUGAUCGAAUCUAGUCGGGGACUUGGACCUAUGGAGAAGGAAUACGAUACGUUUGGAUUCAUGAGGCAGUGGUACUAUGAGGGGGUGAACGAUCCAGAAUACUCUACGUAUUGCACAACAAAAGGAGCAGGAGACUCCGCAGAAUCUUAUAGCAAUUUUGUCAUGGACAUCUAUAGAGAAACUAUGCCUGGAAGAGGGCGACAGGACCACCGAAGUUGGAAGUCGGCAGUUUCUGAUGACCACUCCUCUAAGAGAAAACGCAAUUCCUUCAAAUAUAACUAUGUCAGCGUGACAGACGUAGUUGUUGACCAUAAUGUUGCCCUGGGACAGGGGUGCCUCAGUAAUAAAGAAUAUGAGUUGUUAUAUAACACAGGGAAUAGGAUAAUUGCGAAGAACACAAAGCUGUACUCUUCUCUUAAGGACACCAAGGUACUAUAUAGCAGUGGGGUCGGCAAGCUGAGCACCGAUGCGAUGUUAUCUGCUGCUAUCCCACCCGUUUUGCUGAGGACCGUCUAUGAUCCUAGUGGUGCUUUGUUUACAUCGAGCAUUGAUAAAGAUCUUCUUAAGCGUCUGGGGUCGUACGCGCUUCUCUCACUUCGGGCUUUAGAUGCGUACACAGUCGCCGAAUCGCCUGUCGUUCACCUGCAAGCGCUAUUUUCCACUUCCAUUGAUCACAUAAGUGCUAUCUUAGAGGUUGACGAUGUGAUGCAUAUGACUAUUCGCUGUGAUGGGGAGGACAGAGAGUUUGCACCGGUUCCAUCAUCAGUCUUGGCAAAUAAGGCCAUGGUGCCAAGGCACUGGGUCUCCUGUGCAACUGAUAGUGGUUCGGGAUGCAAUGAUUUGUUAUUCUUUAACUCUCUCCGAGAAAGCUUGACAGAGCCUCCUAUAGGCUAUAAUCCAGUACCGUUGUGUAUGCCAAUUUUUGCGCGAAGUCUGGGAAGCAAUGCCCGUUUGCAUUUCGAUAGCCAGGCUGCUACUCGGGUGGGGCUUGAAUUGGCUCCUUCUAUCACCCAGCAGGAAAAGCUAUCGACAGAUAGUGUAGAAAAACACCAAUUGCUCUAUCGCGUUCCAGACCCAGAUGGCAAUUAUAUUUUUUCCAACGAGCUAUUUAUUGAAGGAAGCCUUGCAGAGACAGGAAGAUUGUUCAAGUUGGGUGUGCUAACAAGUGAUGUUGUACCAGUAUCAGAAGAUAGCCUGGAAGAAAAGACCAACUCUAAGAAGAAAUCUAAAAAAGUCAAAAAGAUUAAGACCUGA